AUGGACCAUGAGAUACAGGCAAACAACACUAUCGCAAUCAAUAAUCAACAUGAAGUGAUGUCGACCAAACAUCGACCCCCAUUUUUCCGCAGCACUCUUUUUCAAAUUCUCAUCGUGGGCCUUUGCGCAUUUUGCGCCCCGGGGAUAUGGAGCGCCAUGAAUGGCCUUGGAGUCGGCGGCUCCGAAAGCCCCGAUCUAGUAAACGCAGCCAACGCCCUACUGUAUGCAUUUAUGACAGUCACCUGCUUCGCAGGGCCAUGGAUAACCAACAUCAUCGGCUUCCGCUGGACCCUCUCUCUCGGUUCCAUCGGAUACCCACUAUACGCCGCCGGUCUGUACCUAAACAACCGCACCGGUGCAACAUGGCUCGUGUAUUUCGGUUCCGUAACAUGUGGGCUCAGUGCAGGCUUCUUCUGGAGUGUCGAGGGGGCCAUCGCAACCGGGUAUCCAGAGCAACAUAAACGCGGUCGCUACAUCGCGACGUGGUUCACUUUCCGCAAUUUUGGCAACAUUAUUGGCGGGGCUGUCUCGCUGGGAAUCAAUCAUAAGGUGGACCACCAAGGAAAGGUCGGAUACCAGACCUAUAUAGCCUUUAUCGCGAUCCAAUGCCUGGGUCUGGUAUUUGGCCUUUUUCUCUCCAAUCCGGAGGACGUGCAACGAGACGAUCAUACGCGGAUUGAAGCAACCCGUGGUAUUCAUUGGCGGGAAGAGGCGCUGCAAAUGUGGCGAUUGAUCAGAAGCAGGUCGAUCCUGCUUCUUGUUCCUCUUUUUUGGUACUUUGGAUGGAUCCAGGCAUACCCGGGUACCUAUUUGGAGACUUACUUCACGGUGAGGUCGCGAGCUCUUGGCAGCUUCAUGUCUGCGGUCGUCGGAACACUCGCGACCUGGCUCGGCGGCUCCCUUGUUGAUCUGCCAUGGCACAAGAGUCGAAAAUGGCGGGCGGUCUUUACAUUUGUGCUCAUUGCGCUGUUGAAUAGCGCAACGUGGAUCUGGGCGGUCAUUAUACAAGACGAAUAUAGGCGCACAAAACCUGUUCUAGACUGGGAUAAUCAGCGAGCUUUUGGCCGAGGUUUCGGGCUGUAUCUUUUUGAGCGCAUUAGCCUUGGUCUUGUCGAAAACUAUAUCUAUUGGUGUAUUGGGAAUCUUUCGGAUUCUCCGGGAGAUCAGAUCCGAUAUAGCUCUCUACUCCGGGGGAUUGAAACGGCUGGAGUGGCCGUAGGAUUUGGGGUCCAGGCUGUUCCUACAGCUUUGAUUGCCACGGCAAGUAUCAACUGUGGAUUGUGGUUUUUUGCAUUGCCCUUCAGCUACUAUGCUACUUUGCAGGUUGUGCGUAAAAUUGAAAAACUGGCGCAGGGUUCUGAACAGAGUGAGGAAGACACCGAAAAUUGA